CUCCGUUUCCCCAACUUGCGCUGCAUGUCUGCGGCUGAUCGGUUCUCAGACGGUCAGACCUCCUCCUCCUGGGGAGCCUGGAGGGGGUGUCUCACCCAUCCAUCCCACCCGCGCGGUCCGAUCCUCCAUGGCUGUGUAGAGUAGACGACAUAUAAACCUGCGUCGUCCGCCCCGCCGCUCACCGGGCUUGCGUACCCCUCACCGCCGCGCACCGAUAUAUACACCAUGAAGUCCCCCGCCACGCCCACCACGCUGCUGUACCACCUCCUCCUCCUGACCGCCGCCAGCUACACAUCCGCCUUCGCAAUCUUCACGCACACCGAAGUGUGCAUGAGCCGGGACGCGGACCCUUCGACGCCGCCCAUCACGAAAGAGAGCUUCGACGCCGCGCUCGGCACGUUCGAGCGCGCCACGCCAGAGCAGAUCGUUACGGGCGACUACGGCGGCUGCUGCAAGGGCUUCUGUGUCCGCGCGGAACGCCUCUCACAUUACGACUACUCGGACCGCGUUGAUCCGCCCCUCAUCAUUCGUACCCAGGCCCUGGACGACGGCGUCGAGCGCUUAAGGAACUGUGUGGGCAUCGCGGUCGAGGGAAGGGUCGCGCUUUAUGACUCGACGUGGGAUGGCAGGAUCACGCUGAGCUUUCAUCCGAACGAUGCGCGGGCGAAUCUGACGAACUGUUGACGAGCGGGACGGUGUUUGCGUGGUGUGUGUACAUAUGGAACCUGUAAGCUGUAACUAGGCUGUCGCAUUGGGAAUGGGGGGUGGCGGGCGUUUUCGGAAUUUAUUACGUAACUACUAGUACUCACUACUUGGAGCUCUCGAG